AUGCCCAAUUUAAUAUUUUCAUUAAAGAAGAAGAAAAAAUAGCUAAGUCUCCAAAAGUUCUCUACCUGUUCUCACUUUCAAGUCAUCAUCGUCUCUCUCUCUCUAUUGUUGCUCUCUCUCUCGCUUUUUAUGUGACUUUCAGAUCCGCCGAGUCUUCUUUUUGUGGAAUCUUUUCAAGGAGCUCAGUAUUCUAUAUACACCUCUCUUUGUUUGAUCGAUUUCACAAACCCUAGCUUCGGCGAUCUUAAAUCUGCAAAAAAUCUAUGGCGUCUUCUCCUGGUAAUACUAACCCUCACAAUACUCCUCCGUUUGAUCUCGGUAUUCUCUUCAAACCUUCAUCCAAUCCUUAUCCGCCACCGGCGGCAUCUUAUCCUCCGCCUACAGGUCCUUUUCUUCACAACCAGUACGAUCAGCAGCACUACGCUCCGCCUGGUAUCUCCGCUCAACCAUCUCCGGUGACUCAGCAGCAACAGGAUGUGUCUUCCUCUUCCGCCGCGACUAACUUGCAUCCUCAGAGAACGCUGUCUUAUCCCACGCCACCUCUCAAUCUACAAUCCCCCCGUUCCAAUCACAAUCCCGGUACGCACAUCCUCGCUCUCCUUAACAAUACCAACAACGGAGCCCCCGUGGCUAACCAAGAGCCGUCGCAUCAGCUCCCAGUAGUCAAUCACAACGAGAUCGCUCGCUCUUUUCCCGGCGGUUCAGGUCCUAUUCGUGUACCGAGCUGUAAAUUGCCCAAGGGAAGGCGAUUGAUUGGUGAACACGCUGUGUACGAUGUUGAUGUGAGAUUACAAGGUGAGAUUCAGCCGCAGCUGGAGGUGACUCCGAUUACCAAAUACGGGUCGGAUCCUCAGCUCGUAGUGGGUAGGCAAAUCGCCGUGAAUAAGGUUUACAUUUGCUAUGGAUUGAAAGGAGGAAACAUUAGGGUUCUCAAUAUCAACACAGCAUUGAGGUCUCUGUUCCGUGGCCAUUCACAGAGAGUGACGGAUAUGGCUUUCUUUGCCGAGGAUGUUGAUAUGUUGGCCAGUGUUAGCCUAGAUGGAAAAGUUUUUGUGUGGAAAAUUUCUGAAGGGUCUGAGGGAGAGGAUCAGCCCCAAAUAACUGGGAAGAUAGUACUUGCUCUUCAGAUACUAGGAGAGGAAGACACCAAACAUCCACGCGUUUGUUGGCACUGCCACAAACAGGAAAUUUUGGUAGUUUCAAUUGGUAAACAUGUACUGCGUAUUGAUACUACAAAAGUUGGCAGAGGUGAAGUAUUCUCUGCUGAGGCUCCUCUCCAGUGUCCCCUUGAUAAGCUGAUCGAUGGUGUUCAGAUUGUUGGUAAGCAUGAUGGAGAAGUGACAGAUUUGUCAAUGUGCCAAUGGAUGACCACGCGUCUGGUUUCUUCUUCAGUUGAUGGCACGAUUAAGAUAUGGCAAGAUCGUAAGGCACAACCACUUGUAGUUUUGAGGCCUCAUGAUGGACAUCCAGUCAGUUCAGCCACGUUUGUGACAUCUCCUGAGAGACCUGAUCACAUCAUACUUAUCACGGGGGGUCCUCUAAAUCGAGAAAUGAAAAUCUGGGUCUCUGCUGGGGAAGAAGGGUGGCUUUUACCAGCUGAUGCUGAAUCAUGGAGGUGUACCCAGACUCUUGACUUGAAAAGUUCAACCGAGCCACGAGCUGAAGAGGCAUUUUUUAACCAAGUCAUAGCAUUAUCUGAAGCAGGCUUGCUUUUACUUGCAAAUGCAAAAAGGAACGCCUUAUAUGCUGUGCAUUUGGACUAUGGUUCUUCUCCAGUUGGUACGCGGAUGGAUUACCUAUCAGAGUUUACAGUCACUAUGCCCAUAUUGAGUUUCAUUGGGACAAAUGAUCCUCCAGAAGAACCCAUUGUUAAGGUUUAUUGUGUUCAGACUCUAGCAAUCCAGCAGUAUACAUUAGACUUGUGCUUAUGCUUGCCACCACCUAUAGAAAAUAUGGGUUUGGAGAAGUCAGAUUCUAGUGUAUCACGAGAGGCAAAUCUUGUUGAAGGCAUGUCAGAACCAUCUGGACUUAAACCUACUGACUUACCUUCAGUUGAUUCAGUGCCAAAACCUUCGAUUAUAGUGAAUAGAUCAGAAAGUGCUAAUAAGUUGAGUUUUCCAUCAGCGGAAGCCACAUCACAAGCAAUUGUUCCACCCAACGGUGAACCUAAAACUUCUGGCCUGCCAUCUCAAACCAGUGGUGCAGGUUCUGCGUAUGCUACUUUACCCCAACUUCCUCUCAGUCCCAGACUAUCAAGUAAACUUUCUGGCUAUCACACUCCUGUAGAGGCGAUUGAGCCAGUAAUACCUCAUCAUGAGCUUGGUGGCAAAACACCUUCUGCUGAUUACUCUGUUGAUAGGCAAAUGGAUGCUGUUGGAGAAAGAAAUUUGGACGUGUCAUCCGUAGAAGAAAUCUCAAGAAGCAAGGACUCAAAUGUUACGCCUGAUGAUGAUGUGUCUGGGAUGCGAAGCCCAUCAGCUUUUUUCAAACACCCCACUCAUCUUGUAACUCCUUCAGAGAUAUUGAUGGGCGUUUCUUCCGCUGAAGCCUCCAUUACUACUGAAGACAGGAGAGAUAGGGAUGCAAAUAUUCAGGACGUGAAUAAUGAUCCAAGAGACACCGAAGUAGAGGUGAAAGAAAUAAGUGAAGCAAGGUCAACACAGAAUGGUGAAAUCAAUGAUCAUGACGAAACUGAGAAUUGCACUUCAGAAAAUAGAGAAAAAGUCUUCUGCUCACAGGUUUCAAAUCUCAGCACUGAGAUGGCAAGAGACUGUUAUCCUAGUACUGAGGGAACUUUCAUUCCAGGGGAAUCUAAGGCAUAUGGACAACCUAUAAAGGCUGGAGAUGAAAGUGGUGUUGACUCGAGAGGUGGGCCUGCAAAGCUUCUUAAAGGAAAGAAGCAGAAGGCCAAAAAUUCACAGGGUCCCGGUUUGUCAUCUACAUCCUCAAAUGUUGCUAAUCUGGCUGACUCCUUCAAUGAGCAAAGUCAGAGUUUAAGUCAUCCCAUGACAGAUUUACUUCCUCAGUUGUUAGCAAUGCAAGAAACGAUGAAUCAGGUGAUGGCUUCGCAGAAGGAGAUGCAGAGACAACUAUCAAAUGCUGCCACUGGCCCUAUCGGAAAAGAAAGUAAAAGACUAGAAGUUGCGUUAGGGAGAAUGAUUGAGAAAUCCAGCAAGUCAAAUGCUGAUGCUCUAUGGGCCCGCAUCCAGGAGGAGACUGUUAAGAAUGAAAAGGCAUUACGUGACCAUGCCCAGCAAAUUGUGAAUGCAACGACAAACUUCAUGAGCAAGGAGUUAAAUGCCAUGUUUGAGAAAACGAUAAAGAAAGAAUUGGCUGCAAUUGGUCCAGCCCUAGCACGUUCAGUAGUACCAGUUAUUGAAAAAACUGUAUCUUCUGCAAUCACAGAGUCCUUUCAGAGAGGAAUAGGUGACAAAGCAGUUAAUCAGCUUGACAAAUCUGUUAAUAUAAAGCUUGAAGCAACCGUAGCUAGGCAAAUUCAAGCCCAAUUUCAGACCUCUGGCAAGCAAGCCCUCCAGGAAGGUCUUAGGUCAAGUGUGGAGUCCUCAGUCAUACCUUCCUUUGAGAAGGCAUGCAAGGCCAUGUUUGACCAAAUAGACUCAGCCUUCCAGAAAGGUAUUGCUGAGCAUACAAAUGCAGCCCAGCAACGGUUUGACUCUGGACACUCCCAGCUUGCUCAUACUCUAAAGGAAUCAAUUACUUCUGCGUCGUCAGUUGCUCAAGCCUUAAGUCGUGAGUUAGCCGAGACCCAAAGGAAUCUCUUAGCUCUCGCAGCUGCUGGAGCAAAUUCUGGUGGGUCUAAUUCCUUGGUUACUCAACUAAGUGGCGGACCUUUGGGUGCUCUUCUUGAAAAGGUUUGCACAUCUCUGGAACUAAUCACUAACCAUAAAUCUUGUUUUUGUUUAGUGCAUGAGCAUUUUAGUUACUCUUGGUGGCUUUUCGCUGCUUAGCAAUCAUAGUUGAGGCGGUUAACUAGAGAAGAGAACUAACAGCUUAGAAGGAAGUUUAGGCAGAAGAAUUGAGCAUUCUGGAUUGGUCUAGGAUCUGCCUUGGGCUUAGGAGAGUUUAUGGUGCUCACCCCUAGGGUUCUCUAUCUUUGGUUCUUGGCUUAAGUUUAUUCUCUGUUCAUCUUUUGUAAUUGAGUCAGAGAGCAUAUAAUUAGAGAACCAUUUCUGCUCUUAUCCGAAUCCUAAUCUGAUGUCAUUUUCUGAGUUUUGACUAUCGCAACAUAUGUCCUUUCAGGUUGAAGCACCUAUGGACCCAACAACAGAACUAUCGAGGUUGAUAUCUGAACGGAAGUACGAAGAAUCUUUCACUUCGGCCCUACAGAGAAGCGAUGUCUCUAUAGUAUCAUGGCUUUGCUCACAGGUGGAUCUACGUGGAUUACUGGCGAUGAAUCCGCUUCCACUGAGCCAAGGCGUGCUUCUUUCACUGCUGCAGCAGCUAGCCUGUGACAUUAGCAAGGACACAUCCCGUAAGCUGGCUUGGAUGACUGAUGUGGUUGCAGCCAUAAACCCAUCAGACCAGAUGAUUGCGGUCCACGCUCGGCCAAUCUUUGAACAGGUAUAUCAGAUUCUGCACCAUCACCGCAACGCACCGGGAAGCGAUGUCUCAGCCAUCAGACUGAUAAUGCACGUGAUCAACUCCAUGCUUAUGGGUUGCAAAUGAUAUCUCUUAUCUCGUUCUCUCUUCUUGUUCGUUGCUUAUAUAAAACAUAGGAAUACAACAAUCACUACUCUUCUCUGUAUCUCUCUACAUUUGUUAGAUUUUUGUUUCAUUUUUGGUUUGAAUUUUGUUUUUCUUGUUUUUUCCAUCCUUCUUUUAAAUGUAAAAUCUGGUUGUUUUAUAUACGUUUACUAUUCACUCUUCUUCACAAGAAUAUCUUAUGUGUAAAAGCCAAAUCAAUGUUUGGAUUAAAGCAGUAACUUUACC